CUUGAAAAAUGGGAAAAACUAGUAAAGUAGUCGUAUGCGGUAUGAAAAGUGUAGGUAAGACUGCGGUGUUGGAGCAGCUUAUAUACGGAAAUGUGAACCUGAAGUCCUCCUUCUAUCCAACCAUUGAGGAUAUUUACGUGGCCAAUAUAGAGACGGAUCGCGGUACUAAGGAAAGGGUCUGUUUCUACGACACCGCAGGCCUGGAGCCUCCACUUACAGGCGAGUUGAAAGGGCCGCCACAGUCACCGACAAUGCAGUUGACAACCAACCAGGUCCUUCAGCGACAUUACCUCGGCUUUGCAGAGGGUUAUGUGAUGGUUUAUGACACCACAAGACCAGAAUCACUCGACGUCCUGAUGUACUUGAAGAAAGAUAUAGAUAGGAACAAAGAUAAGAAAGAGGUGGUUAUGCUGGUUGUUGGUAAUCGAACCGGCCCUGAUGAUCCAAACAGCUUAGAAAACACUUGUUCCAAGGCAGCGAAUUGGUGCGCCAGGGAGAAGAUAAGGCACUUCGAAGUGUCUGCUAUGGACAGACCCUCGCUGUACGAGCCGUUCAUCUACAUGACAACUAAGUUGAAUCCAGUACAAAACAAGACCGCCUUCCCCCAACUUAGCACUCUGAGCAAACUCACCCAGAAGAAUAAUAGAAGUGACGCCAUGUAACAGUAUGCCUUUAGACUAUGCCCCUUUUGCUACCAGCCCUGAGAGGUGGGAUAUUGUCAGGUAAACAUACGCAUUGUCAGUCAUUUGUUAUUGUUUUACUUAAUCUACUUAAGUUUCAUAAUUAUUAAUUGCUCAUAAAAAUAAUUUACUAAGGCAAAUAUAUACAUAUAUAUAUAUAUAUAUAUAUAUAUAUGUUUGCUUGUUUAUUCAAUAAUUUAUCAUAAUAUUCGGGGCCUUGUUUUUUCGUUAGUGUUGCUAUAAAUUAAUUAUAUAGUUUAUUUAUGCUAAAAUAUUAUCUGGAUCUUUAAACGCCUCUAGUUUAUAUUAUUGUACAUACAAAUAAUUAUUUAUGAAAGAUACUUAAUGAAGUAGAAUUUUCUAGAAUCUCAAAUAUAAAUAACUUAUACGCUUGUAAAUGUUAUUGACGUUUUAAUGUUUUACUUAAAAAUGUACUUAAAUAUUGUUUAAGUUAAUUUUGUUGAUUAUUUUUAGAAUCACAUUAAUUAUAUUAUCUUUACAUUGUCCCAUUAAAUUUUUUUUCAUUCAUCAUAUGGAUGUGUGGGGCAUAGAUUCUAAAAAAUCGAGAUGUUAUGGAAAAUAACUCAAUAUAUAUUAAGUGUUGGAUUCGAAUUUAGUUAUAAUAAAAAAUUAGGAAUUAAGACGGUUGUUGUAUGUGAGGCAGUAUAUUUUGAACAGAUUUCAUAAAAAAAAAAGUUGUGAGUUAUGUUUUAUUGACGUUUGUUGACAUUUGACAUUUAACUAAACUUAUGACAGUUUAGAGAGAUGUGCAUUUUCUGUGUUAUAUUUACGACUGCAGUAUUUGAUUAAUAUUCAUUCGUAUUUAGAGUAUUAUAUACUAGGACAUAAUUUAUUUAAAUAUGAUGUUAUAAAUUAAUUCAAAAAUUAAAAUGAUUUAGUUCCAUAUUAAAAUGGAUCUUGCUCUACUUAAUGCUUUAAAAUCUUUGUAGUUUAAAAAAUAAUAUAUUUUUACGAUAGGAUUAUAUGCGAUUCAAUUGAAAAAAAAAUCAGAAAUUAGAAUUUUUCAUUUGCAUAACAGAUACUAUAAUUAAAAUGUAAUUUUUAUGAUAAUCGUAAAAAAUAUUAUAAUGAUAAUUUUUUUUAAAUUAAAUUAUGUAUAUGCAAAUUUAUGUGGAGAUUGUCUAUGUAGCACAUUCAAAAUUAAUAUAAAUUUUUUUUAUUGUAGAAUGUUCAACUACCUUAGAUAUAUUUAAUGAGCUCUCAUGUAAAAUUUCU